GAGGGAACAAGGGCGGCGAGACGUGUAUAUUUGCGCUGCCUGCUCCGAGCCCACUGCGCGCGCGUCAGCUGCUGCUGUCAACCCGGCUGAUCAUCGUGGUUUGGCCGUCCGCGUCUCAUACCAGCGUCCCGGCUCGUCGUGCGUGCGAGUGCUUGCUUCUCUUCUCUUCGGCGGCGGCUGCGUCUCUUCCACAGCCGAGCGCGCCCAAAAAGGGCCCGGCCACGUUUGCUCGCGCGUCCUCUCUCUGUCGCUCGCUCUCUCUUUUGCUCGCUCAAGCGGCGCUCUCGUCUUGCUCCAGAGCUCGCGUCUGAUCGGGUCCGUCCCCCUCGCCCCCCCCGUCUUAGUCAGGCUCGCACGGAACCUGGACAUCGGACUCGCCUACAGCUGACUACGCCUACAUCGGAAGUCCUUGUCCUUCGACCUCGCGUCUGCCUUUUUUUGGAUUCCAGCGACGGUGGCCUCACGCCUUCGACCUGUUCCUGCUCCCUUCUCGUCUAUCUUUUUAUUUCGUGUUGCGACCUCAGCCGAGAUCCGAUCGCGCCAUGGCUCAACUCGACACCCUCGACUACGCCGUGCUCAUAGCACUCCUGGUCGGCACCGCUGCGUACUUCACAAAGGGCUCGUACUGGGCCGUCGCAAAUGAUCCGUAUGGCAACUCGCUGGCGCACGCAAAUGGCUCGCUCAAGGCCGGCAAGUCGAGAAACAUCAUCGAGAAGAUGGAGGAGUCGGACAAGAACUGCGUCGUCUUCUACGGCUCCCAGACCGGCACCGCCGAGGACUACGCGUCCCGCUUAGCGAAGGAAGGUGCCGCGCGCUUCGGUCUCAAGACAAUGGUCGCCGAUCUCGAGGACUACGACUACGACAACCUCGACCAGUUCCCCGAGGACAAGGUGGCCUUCUUCAUCCUGGCCACCUACGGCGAGGGCGAACCCACCGACAACGCCGUCGAGUUCUACGAGUUCAUCCACGGCGACGAGCCGUCCUUUAGCGAGGGCGCGUCUGUCGAGGACAAGCCUCUGUCCAAGCUCCGCUUCGUCGCCUUCGGUCUCGGCAACAACACGUACGAGCACUACAAUUCCAUGGUCCGCAACGUCACCAAGUCUCUCGAGAGGCUCGGUGCCAAGCGCAUCGGCGAAGCUGGCGAGGGUGACGACGGGGCCGGCACCAUGGAGGAGGACUUCCUCGCCUGGAAGGAGCCCAUGUGGAAGGCGUUGACGGAGGCCAUGGGCCUGGAGGAGCGCGAGGCCGUCUACGAACCGGGCUUCGCCAUCACCGAGCGCGAGGAUCUCGACCCGUCUGCGGAUCAGGUCUAUCUUGGCGAGCCGAACAAGAUGCAUCUCGAGGGCAAUCAGCGCGGACCGUACAACGCCAACAACCCGUACAUUGCGCCCAUCGUGGAAUCCAAGGAGCUGUUCACGUCCAAGGACCGCAACUGUCUGCACAUGGAGAUCGACGUCAGCGGCUCCAACAUCAGCUACACGACCGGUGAUCACAUCGCCAUCUGGCCUACAAACGCGGGCAAGGAGGUCGACCGUUUCCUCAAGGUCAACGGUCUUCUGGACAAGCGCGACACUGUCAUUGCCGUCAAGGGAGUUGAUCCCACGGCCAAGGUCCCCUUCCCGUCACCCACCACGUACGAUGCCGUCGUUCGCUACCACAUGGAAAUUUGUGCCCCCGUCUCGCGUCAAUUCGUCUCUACGCUCGCUCAAUUCGCGCCCUCCGAGGAUAUCAAGGCAGAGAUGACCAAGCUAGGCGGUGACAAGGACUACUUCCACACAAAGGUCAGCGACCUCAACCUCAACAUCGCGCAGCUUCUCGAGAUCCUCGGCGGCGGCGAGACUUGGACAAAGAUCCCUUUCUCACUGUGGAUUGAGGGCCUGCACAAGAUCCAGCCGCGCUACUACUCCAUCUCGUCGUCCUCCAUGACCCAGAAGAAGAAGAUCUCCAUCACCGCUGUCGUCGAGUCCAUCGAGAAGGAAGGCGCACCGCACAUCGUCAAGGGCGUGACCACAAACUAUCUCCUGGCCCUGAAGCAGAAGCAGCACGGCGACCCGAACCCAGAUCCUCACGGCCUGAAUUACGCGCUCAAUGGGCCACGCAACAAGUACGACGGCAUCCACGUCCCGGUUCAUGUCAGACACUCCAACUUCAAGCUGCCCUCGGACCCUUCGAAACCAAUCAUCAUGGUCGGUCCCGGAACGGGCGUUGCUCCAUUCCGCGGCUUCGUGCAGGAGCGAGCGCAGCAGGCCAAAGACGGCGAAAAGGUUGGAAAGACGCUGCUCUUUUUCGGAUGCCGCAGACGGGACGAAGAUUUCCUAUACAAAGACGAGUGGGAGGAAUAUAAGAAAGUUCUCGGCGACUCCUUCGAGCUGCACACCGCCUUCUCGCGGGAAGGGCCCAACAAGGUGUACGUGCAACACAAGCUCAAGGAGGCGGCUGCAGAGGUGAACAAGCUUCUCGAAGAGAAGGCUUACUUUUAUGUGUGCGGCGAUGCCGCGAAUAUGGCACGUGAGGUCAACACGCUGCUGGGUCAAAUUAUCGCCGAGCAACGGGGCAUCCCAGAGAAGAAGGCCGAGGACAUUGUCAAGGCGAUGAGAUCAAGCAAUCAGUAUCAGGAAGAUGUGUGGUCAUAGACGUUGACAUGUUUUACGAAGCAAGAGGAGCCCGGGCCUGGCCUUACCUUGACGAUGCAUUAGCCGGUGUGAGAGCGCGCGUUCAAAUCUGUUGCUGAAAUCCGGUUAGAAUAGUUUCUGGCGUAGUCUGCUUGUCUCUCCUCAUCCAUCGAGUUUUUGAUUGGCCAUUGGAUCGUCCAUGGUAGAUAGCAUUUUGGCGUUGGAGUCUGUGAAUUCAAAUCCAAACCCUCCAAACCUCUACACAGCCCGAUGCCGACCAAUGUG